GGGGAGGAGAAAAUCAAGAAGAAAGCUUAGAAAACGCCAAUAUGGAAGGCAGGAGUGAAGUCAAUGAACACACGCAGAUAAUAAAAGGAGCAGUGUUCCUGUCCACUGUGGCCUCGGCUGGACUCAUUGUAGGAUUCGGUUCAACGCUGGCUCUGGCUAAAAAGAAGAGUCCGAACUGGUUCAACAAGGGUAUAGUCCCCUCUGCAGCAGUUCCAGAGUCGGGGGUGUCUCUGGCCCUCAGGGCCCUGGGCUGGGGCUCUCUCUGGGCCUGGUGUGGAGUUGGACUCAUCAGUGUUACCGUCUGGAAGCUGCUCGGAGUCCACACGUUGUUCGACUUCAGGCAGAAGAUGCAGUCCUUCUUUCCCUCCAUCCCAAAGUCCAACUCUGGACCAGACACUGUGGACUGGGACUCUCUGGUCAAACCCCAAACACACCCUGCUGCUAAUGAUAUUGCUAAUGCUAGUGCUAAUGCUGCUGACGCUAGCAGAGAAUGAACCAAGACGGAUCUGUGUAAAUGUUUGUAAAUAUUUUCAUUUGAAUUAAAUUAUUAUAUUGAUUUUACAUUCUGUGUUUUCAAAUGUUUUCAAAUGACAGCGUCACGAUGAUCAAGUUUUAGCUGAUAUCC